CCCUCCCAACAAACACAAGCACUCAAAUUUCAUUUCUCACACACUAAAACACACUCUAUUCUCACACACACAGCAAUGGCACCAAAAGGAGAAAAGAAGCCCGCCGAGAAGAAGCCUGCUGCCACCGCCGAGAAAGCUCCGGCAGAGAAGAAGCCCAAGGCCGGAAAGAAGCUCCCCAAGGACACAUCAGCAAGUGGAGCAGACAAGAAGAAGAAGAGGAGCAAGAAGAGUGUGGAGACUUACAAGAUCUACAUCUUCAAGGUGUUGAAGCAAGUGCACCCUGAUAUCGGGAUCUCGAGCAAGGCGAUGGGGAUCAUGAACAGCUUUAUCAAUGAUAUUUUUGAGAAAUUGGCUGGGGAGUCUGCCAAAUUGGCUAGGUACAAUAAGAAGCCUACCAUCACUUCCAGGGAAAUUCAGACCGCUGUGAGGUUGGUUUUGCCCGGAGAGUUGGCUAAGCAUGCUGUGUCGGAGGGGACUAAGGCUGUGACCAAGUUUACUAGUUCUUAGAGGAGAUGUUAGGGUUUGUGGUUUAGGAUUGUUUGUGUAAAGGUCUAAUUGAUGUUUUGUGUUUGCAAUUCUAGGAGCUUGUAGCUAGUGUUUUCAUGUAUGGAUGAUGAAAUAUGAAUGAAUGAAUGCAGUUGUUUUUAUCCUAUAA